UGCGUAUGUUGAGAUGGAUGUGUGGCCACAUGAGGAAGGAUCGAGUCCGGAAUGAUGAUAUACGAUAGAGUUGGGGUAGCACCAAUUGAAGAAAAGCUUGUCCAACAUCGUCUGAGAUGGUUUGGGCAUAUUCAGCGCAGGCCUCCAGAAGCUCCAGUGCAUAGUGGACGGCUAAAGCGUGCGGAGAAUGUCAAGAGUGGUCGGGGUAGACCGAAUUUGCCAUGGAAGGAGUCCGUUAAGAGAGACCUGAAGGAUUGGAGUAUCGCCAAAGAACUAGCUAUGGACAGGGGUGCGUGGAAGCUUGCUAUCCAUGUGCGAGAGCCAUGAGUUGGUCGCGAGAUCUUAUGGGUUUCACCUCUAGUCUACCCCAACUUGUUUGGGACUAAAGGCUUUGUUGGUCCCAAGUGUCGACAUAUACCACUGGCACAGGUCUAAUGAGGUGCCAGUUCAAUCAAUUGAAUCACAUAUAGAGAACUGGUGCAUAAGUACAGAAGGCACAAAGGGAGGGACCAGGGGGGUAUUUCGAACUCUAUAACUUGUGUUCCUUUUUAUCCUUAUCCUUUAUUACUCGUGGCAUGAUACAUGAGGAUAACUCAUGCAUUUUCUAUCAGUGUCCCAAAGAAAAAAUAUAUAUGAAGGAGUGAAGGCAAAUUGAUGAAAUGCGGAUAAAUUUGACAAACUUGACUGCAGGAAGAGAACAAAACCAGAUCGUUAGAGCUACAGAACACAUCUCCCAAUGAACCAGACAUGAAUUUAUUGUAUUGUACCCAUAUUGUAUUUGAUAAGUAAGCGGGAGGGAGGGAGGAAACAUAGCGCCUACUUGUGCUUAGAAGUUAGAACUCAGAUCUAACUUUUCAGUGUCUUGGUUAGAAGAAUGAUUGCAAUAAGGCAGUUGCCUAUGUUAGCAAAAAGUACUGAAAUGAUGAAGGUCGUGUAGCACAUACAGGGCCAUAGCACACAAGUGCUGUUGUUUGACUAGUGAUGAUUAAAAGCAAAGUGGUCUGGUUCAAAUGGAGCUUAUGCCAUGUAAAGAGCAUAAGCCAGUAGGUCCACACUUUUCUGGACUACAAUGAGAAUAUGUACCAAUCUCAGGAAAGGACACUGAUGGAACUUGUGCUUGUUCAUAUUCUAUCCACUUUACAGUAGUACAAAGGACAGAAUAAAUUGACAGAAAAAUUGUGUUUUUGUGUGAAUUGUCACUCUCCAAGAAGGCAACAAGUAUCAGCAAUGAAAAAAAUAACUUAAUUGAUUCAUUUAAACAAAGAUACACAUACUGCAUUCCUCUAAGAACAUUAAAAUCAUUAAUCACGUAACAUGAACCAGCAACACUAAACUAAAUAGUAACUAAGGUAACAGAGAAGUUGCGCAAAUAUUUCCAUCUCGGCAAAAUGAGUGAUUCGGAAAGGUAUCUUUCAUGCUCCAAGCAGAUAGCAGAUAAUAUGCCAAAAAAUAACAUUUUAGAAAGAUAAAUUGCUCCAGUUGUAGGUAUUUAUUCUGUAAGAUAAAUUGCUCCAGUUGUAGGUAUUUAUUCUGUACACAUACCUUCUACUGAUCUAAUGAGUAAAAUAUGCAGCUGAAGUUUCCAUACAGAAAUGCAGAGAAAGCUAAAGGGCAAGUUUCAUUACUGAGGGGUACAAGGUUGAUGUUACUCAGCUGUCACAGGUUGCUAUUAGUACUGAUAUUUUUUAUUUUGGUUAUUAUUUCCAAGAAUAACUAAGGACAGCAUCUUCUGUCAGUUGGGUUAAAGAUUGUUCUUCUGCUGCUUGUUCUAAGAUGCUAGAUUCUAUGUUUCCCCAUAUAAGGAGCCCCUCACAGGGCAUUCCUUAUCAACCUGAGAAGACCAAAAGGAUAUCAACAGGCUUAAGCUCACACGGAGAACAAGACUGGUAUUCGUCUUGUCAGUAGGGAAAUACUCAAUACACAGUUUCAACGUGCAACAGCAAAGAGGAAGGAAGCGACUGCAGAACAACAGAAGAUGUAUCACCAACAUCAGGGCCCUAGUGAGCUCUUCACUACUAGGACAACCUUUCCUAUGGAGAGGCAUCUGUUUCUGCACGGAGGAAGUACGCAAGGAGAUUCCGGGCUAGUUCUCUCAACCGAUGCAAAACCAAGGCUCAAAUGGACACCCGAGUUACAUCAGCGAUUUGUAGAUGCGGUCAAUCAAUUGGGUGGAGCAGAGAAAGCUACUCCAAAAACAGUCAUGAGGCUUAUGGGCAUUCCAGGACUCACCUUGUAUCAUCUGAAAAGCCACCUCCAGAAAUACAGGCUCAGUAAGAACCUCCAAGCUCAAGUUAACGUCGGGACAAACAAGAACACCAUAGGAUGUGCAAUUGCAGCUGAUGGCAUGCCCGGAACAAGUGUGCCAGCGAUGAUCAAUACAAAUGUCAUUCCACAGCCAGAGAAAACUAUGCAAAUUGGUGAAGCCCUACAGAUGCAAAUCGAGGUGCAGAGACAAUUAAACGAACAACUCGAGGUACAACGGCAUCUGCAACUACGGAUAGAAGCCCAAGGGAAGUAUCUGCAGGCAGUUCUAGAGCAGGCACAAGAGAGCCUUGGAAAACAGAAUUCGGGUCCUGCAAACCUGGAAGAUGCAAAGAUGAAAAUAUCAGAACUAGUCUCACAAGUAUCAAAUGAAUGUUUCGGCAGUGCAGUUACAGAGAUAAAAGAAAGUUCAAGUAUGCACAGACUAGAGCCAAGGCAAAUCCAGUUCAUGGAAAGUUCAACCAAUAACUGUUUGACUGCAGCCGGAGGAUUCAUCAAUGAGCAUAGACUACACAGCCAUGGAAUGCUCAAAGCAUAUGAUGAUAGUUCAAUAUUUUGCAGAAAGCACUCUCCUGACCAUGAGUAUCAGUUUUCCCUUAAUAGAAGCCUAAGCGAGCGUAAGAUGGGUCAUUUGCACAAUGUGAAUGAGUACCACAAAGCAGAGUUUGGAAGUGAAAGUGACAUGGAGAUUCAACAGGAAUAUACUACACCUCAAAAGAAUGGCAGAGGCAGCACCGCCAGUUCGGCCUCAGGAAGCAAAGAAAGAGAUGCAGACAGACUAUAUCUUGAAGAACCAAACUGCAAGAGACAAGCGGUUGAACAUUCAGGUUUUGAGCAUCCAAGUUCUGGGAAGAAACUUGAUCUGAACACUCAAAACACUGACGAUGGUGAUCAAGGGUAUAGGCAUUUUGAUUUAAAUGGCUUCAGCUGGAGCUGAAUUGUUAAUGAUAUGCAAUAUGAUUGAAGAGAAGAAAUGAUCAUACAAAUAAUUUUUCCUGGCAUUUUCAACACCAUUAUUUGGUGAUUAAACUGCGUAGGUGAAGAAAAAAAAUACUAGUACACCAGAGUUCAA